UUUGUUGCCAACGAUGGCUCCUGGUAGCACCAUGUGGCUGUUAGGGUACAUCUUUCUCUGUUUCCCUGUAUCAUUUGCUCUGAUCAAGCAACCUAAGCCUGAGACUCCUACUGAUCCUGGUGUGCUCCACUGUAGACCAUGGAACUUUAAGUUUACUAUAAAUUUUCAGAACCAGGAGACAGGGUCUUCCCCUGUACUUGUAACCUGGGACAACCAAGGGCGAUUGCACAGGCUGCAGAAUGACACUGACUGUGGCACCCGGGUAGGAGAGGGUCCAGGCCCCUCCGUGGUACUGGAAGCAAACUACAGCAGCUGCUACGUCACUGAGUCGGAACCGUACUACGUCAUGCUGGUCGGGGUUGAAGAGGUGGACGCAGCUGGACAAAACCUGGUUACAAAGCAGCAGCUGCUUAAGUGUCCGAUGCAUCUCCCAGCUCCAGAUGCUGGACUGUGCGACUCUGUCCCAGUGCAGGACAGGCUGCCCUGUGCUACUGCACCCAUCUCACAAGAAGACUGUGAGGAACUAGGUUGCUGCCACAGCUCCGAAGAGGUAAAUGCCUGUUACUAUGGAAACACAGUGACCUCACACUGUACCCAAGAGGGCCACUUCUCCAUCGCCGUGUCCCGGAAUGUGUCCUCGCCCCCACUGCACUUGGAUUCUGUGCACCUGGUCUUCGGGAAUGACAGUGAAUGCCAGCCUGUGGUAGCAACGCGUGCCUUUGUCCUGUUUCUGUUCCCAUUUACUGCCUGUGGUACCACAAGACAGAUCACUGGAGAUAGAGCAAUAUAUGAAAAUGAGCUGCUUGCCACUAGGGAAGUGAGAACUUGGAGCCGUGGUUCUAUCACCCGUGACAGCAUCUUCAGGCUCCGGGUCAGCUGCAGCUACUCCAUAAGCAGCAGUGCUCUCCCAGUUGAUAUGCAUGUGUUGACUCUUCCACCACCACUUCCGGAGACCCAGCCUGGGCCCCUCACUGUGGUACUUCAGAUUGCUAAAGAUAAAGACUACCACUCUUACUACACCAUGGAUGACUACCCAGUGGUAAAGUUACUUCGGGAUCCCAUCUACGUGGAUGUUUCCAUCCUUUACAGGACAGAUCCAUACCUAGGUCUACGCCUGCAUCAGUGUUGGGCCACACCAAGGACGAACCCCUUGUAUCAACCACAGUGGCCCAUACUGGUGAAGGGAUGCCCUUACACUGGAGACAACUAUCAAACCCAGCUAAUCCCAGUCCAGGAAGCCUUCGAUCUGCCAUUCCCCUCUCACCACCAGCGCUUCAGCAUUUCCACCUUCAGCUUUCUGGAUUCCUCAGUGGCAAAGGAGGCUCUAAAAGGACCGAUAUAUCUGCACUGCAGUGUGUCAGUCUGCCAGCCUACUGGGACACAAUCCUGUACGGUAACCUGUCCUAUUGACAGUCGAAGAAGAAACUCGGACAUCAAUUUCCAGAACAGUACUGCUAACAUUUCUAGCAAGGGACCCAUGAUUCUACUUCAAGCCACAGAGGAUCCCUCAGAAAAGCUCCAUAAACACUCAGGUGUUCCUGUGCAUCCUGGAGCUCUAUGGGUGGCAGGCCUUUCUGGGAUCUUCAUCAUUGGAGCCUUGCUUGUAUCCUAUGUGGCAAUCAGGACACGAAGAUGAGUUCCUUGGGCCAAAUAUAUCAAUAAAACCAGAGUGCACCACCA